CCCACACCCUGUCCUUAGUCCCACCUGCAACUGCAGGCAGUAAUACUGGCGGGUGGGUGGGCUCUCUUUUUAGUUCUUUCACCUUUUGCUUUCUUCUUUCUUUAUUUUAAAAACCCCAGUCUCGGCGGCGACUUGUUGGAGUAGCCAUCUGUUCGGUUCAUAGAGAGGCGCCAUUCCCGCGUAAAGACCAAUCCAUGGCUACGACCCUACGACCGCCUCCCCUCCGCCUUGCCUAAGCUAACGCUCUUCCCCUGUUUCCAUGCAUUUUUAACUUUAAUCGGCUUUCACUAGUAGAGUAAUUGUUGUUCUGUUUAUAUUCUUUAUUUAUUAUUUGAAUAUAAACAUUAUUAUUUUUUGGGAUACGAGAUCCACAAGUAUUAAAUAUUGACAGGUGAACAGUACCGUGGAUGAUUUUAAUAAAUUAGAAUUUUAAAUAUUUGACGUUAUUCAGGCUUAAUUUUUGUGGAUUUAGAUGCUACUUAUUAAGGAGAAUCCAAUAAAACGUUUGGCCUAUUUAUUUCUUGUUUUUUUUUAUAUAAAUUUAGAUGCUAACAAUAAUUAAUAAACCCUUGGGCAUUGAUUAUAAAUAAAUUUGAACAACCAUAUAAAUUCAGUACAUGCUAAAAUGAAAAUAAAAAUUGAGUACCAAAGUUAGAGGUACUAGAGAGCUACAAAUAUUAUUUGGUUACAGCUUUGCCGUAUUAGCCCAAAUCUGAAGCCAUCUUCAGAAAAGAUCCAGUGGCAGUACAGUGAGAGGAAAACGAGAGAGAGGAAAACUCAAGAAUCCCAAAGGCAGACACACAAAUUAUUUGUUUCUCUUUGAUAUUUUCUUAAGACACAGAGCAGAGGCAUACAGCCAAAGAAACAGAGUACCUCUCAUUCUCUUGCUCUUUCUUUCAUUUCCAUCCCAAGGAAAACCAUGCCCUUCUUCUUCCUCCAUUAACGGUCACUUGUUUUUCUUUUUCUAUAUUCCUGGCUAUCAGCUACAUUGGAUCUCUCUGAUUCUUCUUCUUCUUCUCUUUCUUUUUGCUUUUCUUUUUGGCUCUUUGGCAUUACGAAAAGUCACAUUCCGUUCCAAGUAAGCCUUGGUAUUACCAAAGUAAAAUACCCAUAAGCAUCGUUCGCUCGUUGACAUGGCUACCUUGUACAUUUGUUUAUGAAGUUUGGUUGUUGUUGAAUCUGAUCUGGGAUUUCUAUAGUUUGGGGGAAGGGGUUGAAAAGAAGAGAAAGAGGAGGGAAUAUGUUAACGUGCAUAGCUUGUUCAAAGCAGUUACACAAUAACAAUGGAUCUAUAGGGCGCCAUCAGGAUGAAGAUACUUUGGAAACUCCUAGGACUAGGCAAACCAUCAAGGCCCUCACUUCUCAGAUCAAGGACAUUGCAUUGAAAGCAUCAGGAGCUUAUAAAAGCUGCAAGCCUUGUUCAGGUUCAUCAAACCAUGACCGUAAGAACUACGCAGACUCCGAUGCUGCCUCCGACUCAGCACGCUUUCAAAUCCCUUACCGUAGAAGAGGAAGCUCGAAUUCGACCCCCGGAAGUUGGGGCAAAGAGAAGGAAUCAAGACUAAAAGGACUUUCCAGUGGUGAAGGUACCCCGGUUUCCGUUAGUGGCCGUACAGGAUCGGCAGUGUUUAUGGAGGAAGAUGAGCCUAAGGAAUGGGUUGCACAAGUGGAGCCUGGUGUCUUAAUCACUUUUGUCUCAUUGCCUGAAGGAGGGAAUGAUCUGAAACGGAUUCGAUUCAGUCGUGAGAUGUUUAAUAAAUGGCAAGCUCAGAGGUGGUGGGCAGAGAACUAUGACAAGGUCAUGGAAUUAUACAAUGUACAACGCUUUAAUCGUCAAGCGGUUCCACUUCCAACUCCCCCUGGCUCUGAAGAUAAAGGAUCAAUAACUGAAUCUGCAAAGGACAGUCCUGUGACUCCACCCCUGAACAAAGAACGCCCUCAUAACUUUAUCCGGCCAACAGGAAUGGGCUAUUCGUCAUCAGAUUCCCUGGAUCACCACCCAAUGCAAUCCCAUCAAUACUACGACUCAGCUGCUCUUGUUUCAACACCAAAACUCUCCAGCAUUAAUGGAGCCAAGACUGAGACAUCAUCGAUAGAUGGUUCUGUUAGAACUAGUUCAUCACGAGAGGCAGAUCAGUCUGGAGAGCUCUCCAUCAGUAAUGCCAGUGACAUGGAAACCGAAUGGGUUGAACAGGAUGAACCAGGGGUUUACAUCACUAUUAGAGCACUUCCAGGUGGUACUCGGGAGCUUAGACGUGUCCGCUUCAGCCGAGAAAAGUUUGGAGAAAUGCAUGCGAGGAUGUGGUGGGAAGAAAACCGAGCCAGGAUACAAGAACAAUACUUGUGAGACAUAGCAAAAGCAAUUAGGUAGUGCAUUUUCAAGUUUAUCUCCUUUUUUUUUACCAUUGGUAUUUAGACAAAAUUUGUGUGCCUGAGACACAACUGAUCACAAAGCCUACUACAUGUAUGCACCAACUCUGAUGCCCGCCCAAUAUUCAAGUAAUGAAGACGCUAAGAACAUAACCUGAGAAAAGGGAAGAAAAAUAGAAAUAGAGAAUAUGAGAGAGAUUAAUCAGAAGGCUUUUCCAAGGUUGGUUGCUUACUGAAGUUUGUGCUAAAUUAAGUUGACAAUGGCAAGCACCAAAAUUCUAUAGAGAAAAGAUAAUUCCCUUCUCUCAUAUUCUCUUAUUCUUUUUCCUUUCUCUGCUUCUCUUCUUUUUAGUGUAUUUAUUACUUGAAAAUUAGGCACUCAUCACUCUGCUUAGAUUAGAUAUUAGAUAUAUCCUCAAAUAGAUAUUCUUUUUCUUUGUUUUUUUUUCCAAUAUUUGAUUGGAUGCUUUGGGGUUUCACAAAUUAAAAGAGAUGAUUUAUUUAUUUGGUCC